UGGCGACGGUACCGGUGGACGCCUCACUCAAAAUAGGACCUCGUCUACCGACGUGGCGCGAAUCCGCGGCUCGCGCUCGCCAGUCUGAGGUGGGUGUACCGCGCGAGUGCAUCGCCGCGGCGCUGUGCGUUGUCUCCGAAUAAUAUCGAUUCGCGGCGUAUUGAUUUUCUAUGCGAUGAUUUACCCUCCACCGCCGGUCGAAGCUGCGCAGGCCGGCUGCGCCGACGACGUACACAAACAUGGCCGGUGGGCGACGACGUGACGGGUGCUGCGCGGCCAUUCUCGCUCAGUGACAGUGGUUUUUUGCGAGCGCAUCGCGGUAAAAGUGACUCGUGUGUGUCGCAUAAGUGUGGGACUCUAUCGGUGGACGGUUUGGCGGGUCGGCGUCGCGCCGGUGACGCGCAGAGGGGGGCUUUUUCGGCGCGGAGCGGCACCACGGCGGCUGCGCCAAUGGCAGCGCCGGCCGACGUGCCGGCGGCGACCACGCAGGUGCUGCUGAUUCGGACGGCGGCCGGGCCCACAUACAGUCGCGUGCUGGCGCCCGGCCACCAGCAGGUGCGGCUCGUGCUGCGCGACGACGCGCCGCUACUGCGGCACGAGCUGCGCGAACCGGAGCUGCUGCCGUCCGACCUCAGCACCCACGACGUGCACAUCGACACCGACCAGCCGGCCGACUUUAGCGUGAAAACUCUGCGCUCGGAGGGACUUGGACUUGUGCACGCCGGCAGUGAACUCGGUACUCACAGUGAACUAGGCGGAGCAGGCGAGCUGGGCACCAGCGAGCUGAGCUCGAGCGAGUUUAAGGCGGACGUGCCGUCCAGUCCGUAUAAGGAGCCGCUCAGUGUUCAGGUGAUAGAGGAGCAGACCGAGGCGCACGACUACAGCCAGCUCAGUCCGGCGCGGCUCUCUCCUCGAGACGACAUCCCCACCAGCGUGCACAGCAUGAUUGACGCGUCCGACUUCCGGUCGCUGCCGCAGGAGCCCAUGUACCAGAACCUGGGCGGCCUGGGCGGCCGGAUGUCGCCGGCCGGCUACAGCCCCUCCUCGUCGUACGCGACGCUGACGCCGCUGCAGCCGCUGCCGCCCAUCUCCACCGUGUCGGACCGGUUCGCCUACGGACAGCCCGGCAAUGUGUCCGGAUCGUUCACAGUGAUGCACAACAACCCGGCGCUGGGCAGCAUCAACCUCAACUCGCCCUACCACUACGAGAAGCUCAGUCACAUGAGCAUGUCGCCGCCGCACUACUCGUCCAACAACGGGCUGAUGAUGCAGCAGCAGCCGUCGCCGCUGUCGCCGCAAAACUACAGCCACAACGGCAUGCACUCGCCGCAGAAAUCGCUCUCGCCGGAGAACUACAACAGUCCGUACACGCGUGAGGAUCUGUCGCGAGCCACCCUGGCGCAGCCCCAGAGUCCGGCGCUGAGUCCCAGCGUCUCUCUCCACUCGCCGCCCAGUUCCAACUUCAACGGCUACAUCGCCACCACGACGCUGACCACCUCGGCGCUGACCCCGAGCUUCAACAGCAUCAACGCCGGCAGCCUGGGCCCGCUGUCGCCGCACGCCGUGUCUCCCAACUCGCCGUCGUUACACCUGCAGUCGCCGCCGUCGCCGGCGCCGCAGCUCCGCGAGCACAUGCACGCCAUGACGGCGCCGGCCAUCCAGCCGGGCGGCCACAUCCAGCACACGGCCCAGGCGCUGACGCCCGGCCACCAGGCGCAGUGCAAGUCGUCCGCCUCCUCGGCCGCCUCCGACUGCGAGGAGCUCAACACCAAGGAGCUGGCGCAGCGCAUCUCGGCCGAGCUGAAGCGCUACAGCAUUCCGCAGGCGAUAUUCGCGCAGCGCGUGCUCUGCAGGUCGCAGGGCACGCUGUCCGACCUGCUGCGCAACCCCAAGCCCUGGUCCAAGCUGAAGUCGGGCCGCGAGACAUUCCGGCGCAUGUGGAAGUGGCUGCAGGAGCCGGAGUUCCAGCGCAUGUCCUCACUGCGGCUGGCAGGUCAGUCCCUGGCGCCUUCACAACACCACGAGACCGCCUCUGGUGGCUCACGGCACGACGCCUGGCAGGAGAGCGGUCCGUACGCGCCGGCCGGCGGCGGCCAGCCCUGGUCGGUUCCAGUCACCAAUGCGUGCAAAAGGAAAGAGGAGCAGCCGGCCGCCGAGCAGCCGCCUGCGCCCAAGAAGCCGCGCCUCGUGUUUACCGACCUACAGCGGCGAACACUGCAGGCUAUUUUUAAGGAGACGAAGCGUCCCUCGAAGGAGAUGCAGGUGACGAUCGCGCGCCAGCUCGGCCUCGAGCCCACCACCGUGGGAAACUUCUUCAUGAACGCGCGCCGCCGAUCGCAGGACAAGUGGAAGGAAGAUGAUAAGCCGGGCGGCGGCGGAGGCGGCGGCGGUGGCGGCGGCGGCGGCGGCGGCGGCCUGCUCCAGAACCAGGUGCUGACCACAGCCGUCAGCACGGCGCCCCUGCAGCACGCGCUCGACUCCCUGACGGGCGACUUGUGACAUGAGGACUCGGAGGGCGCCGGCGGCGUCAUACGCCUCUACGUCGGCUCCGACGACAACUGAGCGACGCGUCCGGAGCGACGCGCGCGGCGGCCGACGGUUCCACGGCGGCCGGCCGCAGCCGCGCGGCGCCCGUCCGCCGCCGCCGACCGACACUUCUAGUCAGCCGGGCUCGGCCUCCUCACAGUGAUGCUAGUCAUGAACGCUAGGAGACAACCAUGCUAGUCAGGCGCAGACGACAGGCCAUAGUGAUCCAUAGCAAUACGCGUGUUGGCGCGUCGCGGCGGUGGCCGCGCCGGCAGCGGCCGCCGGGCCGCCAGGCCUGCUCGUGCCGCCGCGCUCUCGGCCGACUCUGCGCGCCGGCGCCAACUGUGUGUGCGUGUUUCCAUUCUGAUCUCAACACAUUCCGUAGGUAUUUUUAGCAGGUUCGGCACCGAGACGAAAGAUAUUUCUAUAUAGAUGCAAGGCGGCGCGCAACGCGGCCUGAUCGAGUGUACAUAGACACAUUCAUUUUAUGCAUGGAUCGAUCACCUGAGCACACUGUACAUACCCCAGGUUGUUGUCUUUGCAUUGCCUUUGAUUUGUUGUCGUCGCACCCGUAGAGCGUCGCGACCGAGCGCGCCGCGCCGCCGCCGCCGCCUCACCAUUUGUAUACUGUCCGUGGUUUUUUGUACACGACUGGCGGUCGGCAGGCGAGCGAACCGGGCCUCUGGCGCGGCGCCGACCCUCACGAGACGCCACGGCCGCCGACGGCGCGCCCGCCUCUACUUACCGGCGCGCGGCGCGAGCGCGGACCGCGCCUGUCCGCGGCGCGCGCGACUAUGUGGCCUGCUGUCGCCCCCCACCCCCUCCCCGCCCCCGACGUGCCGCGAGUGGGCCGGCCGAUGGCGGACGGCGCCUAGGUAUCUAGAUGUUGGUGCAAUAGCCGUCGCAUGUCCCACAUAUCACCGAACCCCACCGCGUCGCGUGCGCGCACGGCGCGGCCGCCCGCCCGCCGGCCCCACCUGAGCUGACCUGACCCGCACGGGACGGGCGCCACGGCCAAGGCCAACAAAUCGUCUAGUCACUCCAGCAUUCCAGUAAUCGCAUUCCGGACGCCAGGUUGUUUUCUACGCUGGUUUUGUUGUGAGGUGCUCUGGUGCCACCAUCGCGAGUCCUUCAAACUGCUAGUCAACCGUGCGUGGGCGCGGCCGCCUCGGCGUUUAGUCCUCUGAGUUGGUCUCGCCUCGCAGCCAGUCAUUAUUUAAUCUAUUUAUUAUUGUCGGUAGAGCGUAGGAUGUGAGCGGCACCGGAAAGGCAGAGCGCGAGAGCGAGCACAAAGUGAGAGGAGGCAGCGGCGCGCCGGGCCGGCCCCCUCCGGCCAGCCCGUCGCUACCUCCAGUCGGACCCCACCCAGCCCGUAUGCAGUCGUUUUAGAGAAUGUAAGACUCUCUGGUGUAAGUGAAUAAAUAGAGUAAGUGAA